AUGGCGUCUGUACCCCAGUCCCACGAGGACUGGGAGCGCCUCAAUGCCAAAUCAUGGGAGCUACCGAACUACGGCCCCGGUCCAGAUUUUGGCCGAAGCAUAAUCUACCGCCAGGACAAUCAUGAGCACGCGAAAAAUAAAGGUCCUAAUUAUGAUGAUGAUUUUGACCUCGAAGAGGAUGGUUCUCUCGAGGGUACGAAGUAUGACUGCCCCCCCGUUGACUAUCCGACGCAGCCUUCAAGUUCAACAGCCCCCGUAACUGGUCGAUCCCUCUCAAGAGUACCUUCUGUACCCUCGCGAUCACGAAUUCCAAAUCAAAGUGUCUUUCUAGCCCAGCCGGUUAUAAAACCCAGACCAGGUCGAGCUCAGACACCAGAGGGACCAAUCCUCAAUGAGCGUGGGCCUAAUACCAGCAGUUCCGAUUCAUUCGCACGACCGAAAUAUUCGGCACGUAAUGUCAAAUCUGGUCAGCGUACGCCUCACAGGACGGGAUAUAAUAACACACCACGGCCACAGUUUCAGCCCAAAAAAGGCAGUGGUACUUCGACUCCUUCGCAACACAGAGCUAGGAACCCACCUACCGGGCCAGGGCAAAGUGACUCUCAUUCCAAGGCAAGAUGGCGCAAGGGUUUAGCCCCAGAUGCUUCCUUUCGUUUGCCCUAUGAGUGUCAAGUGUUCCAAGAAAAGAUUAGACAAGUAACUACGGGGGAAGCUUCCAACAUUGACUUCCGCCAGAGAGUUAUCGAGGAUACAGGUGCCUACGUGAGGAUGAGCUCAGGAAAUGCCAAACUCGUUCACAUCUGGGGCCGGCAAAAAGAGCUUUUGGAGGCCCAGAAUAUGCUUCAGGAUAUGUUGAAUCGGUUGAUGCGGCAGCGGACCCCGCCUAAAGCAUCGCGUUGGACCAAGGUACACGCGCAUUCAAAUACGAAGGUUGCUAAUGCCCGCUCGAAGGAAAGCUUCGAGGAAAAAUUGUCUGAGAUGCGAAAGCCGCCGAAAAUCGCCAGGGAUUACACGCUUGCUUUCCUCUGGCCUGCGGAUGGCCCCUCGCUGAACUACUUUGUUACUGCCCGGCGCGAGGUCCUUGAUUACAUUCGCUUGAAAUAUGACGUGAACAUCUACAUCAGGCCUGGUAUCCCAGACUGCCUAUUCAUGUCUGGAAAUCAUGAGCGGGAUAUGCACAUCAUUGCAUCUCGAUUCCGAGAGCUGUGGGAGAGGCUAAUGGUCCAGCAAGAGACUGAAAUCAAGAUGCUCCUUUACGCGGCGCCCCGGGUGGAGCUCAUGAGAACUCACGUCAUCCUGCAAAAGUCUAGUGGGCUCUCUAGACCUGCUCUCUGCGGACCGGAACUGGCCCCGGAAGUAGCCGCGACCUGGAAUACCACUGCGGAGGAGAUCAAGCUCAACAACAAGAUUACUGUCACCACACGCCUUAGGCAAGCACUGCAUGUGAUUCCCCAGUUUCGGGGAUUCCUGCAAAUGCGAGCAAAGUUCGGUUCGUUCGUACUGCAACGGUGGCGGAAGCCAAAGGAUGGCAUCUCUUAUGAAUUCUCAGAGUUUCGCGAGAUGCUUACCCAUACGAACACUGAAGGACGUUUGCUCCCUGGAAUCGGGCUGCAGCAAGAUGAGAUCCUUGAGAGAAUCAUGAAAUCAAAAUUCCUGAAGCCCUGGGGCAAAGCCCAAAUCACGUCCCUACCGACGCUGAUGCCUAGAUAUUCCGCCAACUUUGAGUACCAAGUGAACAAUGAUUCAAUGAUUCGCGUGGAAGCGAAAUUUUCUCUCCCCCUUGGCUCGCAGGAGUUUGAAGUCAACGGAAUCCGUUGUUACAAAUCGAAACAGAUCGGUGCUCCUGUUGAUCGUCAGAUGCCAAUGCAGAUCAGCAUGAUUGACUUUGAAAGGUCCGACUGGCAACUUGAAGUGAAGGCCCUUGAACUCUGCCCUGAGAAGGAGAUGACCCCCGAGCUAGACAGAUUCAUGCGUUCUAUCGGCUUCCAAUGGAACCUAAAUGUAAAGAGCAUUGCAUCUGCCCCCCAGCGCAAGGCGGGGUUCUCCUAUGGUUCUCCAGUCAAGCGCUUCGUCGAGAAAGCCGCAAUUCAGCUCCAAGUCAAGGACUCGCCGCAUGUAUUCGAGCUCGCCCGCUUCGACGAAUACACGUACGCGGCUGGCCACUGGUCGAUGACCCCCAAAGUGUCCUGGGGUGCAUCGCUGUUCAAUCCUAGUUGGGACGAUAUACUGGGUGAACAGGUUGAAGUCAGUGCCGACGAUAUUUCCAAAAAUGGGUGCCUUUCGGUGUUCUUCCCCCGGCCGGGGGAUGAUCAAGAACAGACAGAUAACGAAAAGGAGAAAACGGACGAUGAGGUUCGCAAGGAGGCCGAGAUUCGAAAGAUGGACGAGGAGGAGCAACUGGGCCUUUUCAUGAGCACUGUUCAGAAGGUCGCGCGGAUGCUGGGGAAUCCCGGCGGUGAGAUGUCCGAUAUCCUUGAGACUGAUCUUGGAAGUCUGUUCUAG